CAAAAAUUUUAGCCAAGAAAUAAAAAACAAGUUCAUAUUUUCUCAUACAAAGUUAAAAAUAUUCAUUGGGAAUUUAUUUCUUCAAUGGCUUCCAAUCUUCAUAUUUGCAAAAAUAACCAAAAAAGUCAAAAAAUUGUUGUAGUAAUAGUCCCUUUUCUAGCACAAGGUCAUCUUAAUCAACUUCUACAACUCUCUUGCCUUAUAGCAUCUUAUAACAACAUAAAAGUCCAUUAUGUUAGUACAAAAACACAUAAUCUUCAAGCAAAACUUAGAGUUAUUAAUAGUUUUGACUCUUUUUCCAAAAUUCAUUUCCAUGAAUUUCCUACUCCAAGUUUCAUCUCUCCAAAUCCAAAUCCAAAUUCGCGAAUUAAAUUUCCAUCUCAUCUUCAAUCUUCAUUUGAAUCAUCGUCUUAUCUAAGGAACCCUGUGAAAAGGUUAAUCCAAACGCUUUCAUCCAAGUAUCAGAGAGUCGUUAUCAUAAACGACUCUCUGAUGGGAUCAGUUGUUCAAGAUUUUGUGUCAGUACCAAAUGCUGAGGCAUACACUUUCCAUAGUGUGUCAGCUUUUACUCUGCUCCUAUUUAUAUGGGAGCGAAAAAAGAGGCCGUUUCUUAUAGACUCUGAAAUGUUGAUUGAUCUUCCUUCUCUCGAAGGUUGUUUUAGUCCAGAAUUUGAGAAACUUAUGAAAAGAGAAUAUGAAUGCAUGAAGUUUAACUCGGGAAAGAUUUACAACACAUGUAGAGUCAUGGAAAGUCCUUUUCUUGAUUUGUUGUUGAAAGAAGUGACCAACAACAACGAAAAACAAUGGGCCCUCGGCCCGUUUAACCCGGUUACAUUUCCCAAGAACGGGCCCAACACCAAAAGCCACACGUGUUUGUUAUGGCUCGACAAACAAGAACCAAACUCGGUGAUAUUAGUGUCAUUUGGUACCACGACUUCAUUUUCUGACGAACAAAUCAAGGAAAUCGCAAUUGGACUAGAGCAGAGCGAACAAAAGUUCAUUUGGGUGUUGAGAGACGCGGAUAAAGGGAAUGUUUUUACUAAAGACUCAUCAAGAAAGAUUGAGUUGCCAAAAGGGUUCGAGGAGAGAGUUAAAGAAAAGGGGAUUUUGGUAAGAGAUUGGGCACCUCAAUUGGAGAUUUUGUCACAUUGUUCGACUGGUGGAUUCUUGAGUCAUUGUGGAUGGAAUUCCUGCAUGGAAAGUGUCUCGAUGGGCGUGCCAAUAGCUGCAUGGCCAAUGCAUUCUGAUCAACCAAGAAACGCUGUACUAAUUACCAAGAUUCUUAAAAUUGGAAUUGUUGUUAGAGAAUGGGCUAAUAGGAAUGAAUUGGUAAAAUCAAAUGUGGUGAAAAAAUGUGUGGAAAAAUUAAUGGCAUCAAAAGGAGGAGAUGAAAUGAGGAACAAAGCAAAAUAUUUGAGUGUAGAAAUUAGAAAAUCAGUGGCAGAGGGUGGAAUUAAACGUAUAGAAUUGGAUUCAUUCAUAUCUCAUAUAACAAGAUAACUAGUUCUGGCGAUGUUGUUCAGACUCUUCAAAAAUAUUAUCGCACAAAUACAUUUCUAAAGAAUCCGAGCAACCUGGGGUAUUGAAUAAAUUCAAGGAUAUUCAUGCAUGAUGCAUUUGAAGUCAAAUGUAUCAAAAUUCCAUUUGGAUUUAACUACUAUAUGUUGAGAGUGUUAUAAAAAAGUAUAAUUGUUGCUUGAUGUAUUUUCAGAUAACUACUUUCCUUUAUUAUGAACAGUAACAUAUUGUUAUUUUUCGU